UCGUCUCAUGUUGGUAAGCUCCCUGUUGGCCGCCGCCUCGGCGACCAUCCUAAACGACACUUCUCUGCCUCCACCGGACCCGUUCUAUGCCGAGGUCUACAAUGAAACCACUUUGCCGCCUCCCGAGCCCUUCGAGGAAGCCAUGCUAGCCUCCCUGGACCCUCUUGAGAGGCAGCUACUUACAUCGGCCAAGGGCGAAAACGGCGUCGAGCUGUUCGAAGGCGACAUCAUGUUGUCGGACGAACAGCGCGAGAGCCGCAAGGGCGCCAGCAACCUCUGGCCCGGCUCCAUCUACUAUGUCAUCACCAGCUCUUCGUCCGCGGAUCGGAACAUCAUCCUGAGUGCGAUUAACCACUGGCGCUCCCGCAGCUGCCUCCGCUUCUACGAGCGGCCUGAGUCGUACAACAGCGGGCCUCACCUGCGCUUCAUCCGUUCCUCAGGAUGCUGGUCUUACGUGGGGCGCCAGGAGAGGAACACGGGCCAGUCCAUCAGCAUCGGGCAAGGCUGCAACACGCUGGGCAUCAUUGCGCACGAGAUCGGCCAUGCCAUCGGCUUCUGGCACGAACAGUCUCGCAGAGACAGAGACUCCUACAUAUCAGUCCUUACAGAGAACAUCCUCUCGGGAAAAGAGCACAACUUCCGCGUGGAAAACAACGAGAACGCGCUUGGAGUGCCCUACGACCUCAGCUCCCUCAUGCACUACGGCGGUUUCAGCUUCUCCAGUAACGGCCAGCCGACAAUUGUGACCAACGACGUCCUUCUUGCCGGUAAGAUCGGUCAGCGGAAUGGUCUAUCUCACCGCGAUAGGCAUCUUGCCAACGAGAUGUACCGUUGCAGCGAAAGGUGCGUCUGCAUCCCGCGUUGCCGUAACGGGGGUUUUGUGGACCGCAACUGUCGUUGUAUAUGCCCAGCAGGAACCUCCGGCAUGUUCUGCGAUCGUCGCUACUACUCCUACUAUGGAAGGACGUGCGGAAACCAGCGCAUCACCCGUCCAGGGGUGAUCAAGUCACGUUACUUCCCUAGCCUGUACCCGCCCAACGAACACUGCAUCUGGAAGGUGACGGCUCCGACCGGUAAGCGAGUACGCAUCCAGUUCCACACUGCCCGCGUGAUCUACCGCUCCGGUGUGCGCUGUCCCUGGGACUGGAUUGCCGUGCACACCAACAGCGACUCGAGGCCCGACCGGGUGGCGUGCGGUACUGAGCUGCAGAACACGGCCUUCACCACCACCGGCAACCGUCUGGUCGUCGAGAUGCACUCGUUCCGCGAGCGUUACGCGUCACUGCAGACUGGCUUCAAUGCGACCAUCACCUUCGUCUAGGAAGACAGCUACACCAACCCCGGAGACCCUCGCCUAGAUGGACAGCUACCCUACCCCGGAGACCCUCGCCUGGAUGGACAGCGACCCUACCCCGGAGACCCUCGCCUGGAUGGACAGCGACCCGAUACCGCGGACUGGAUUCAAAGCAAAGCAGCUAUCACUUUCGCCUAGAUGGACAGCUACCCCGCCCGACGCCCAAAUGGACAGCUACACUACACUCCACUUACCUCGCCACGCCACUGCCACCUUCGUCUAGUCAGAUUGACCGGCCUUUAGAUGGACAUUGGACAGCUACCUCGCCUUGUAGACAGACUUCAUGUCACCGUCACCUUAAUCUGAACAGAAUGGCAUCAACGUUCGGCGUCACCUUCGUCUUGCCGAUGCUCCUACCAGUGAUGCAGCUUCAACGCGGCAGUAGGUGGCAGGCCAUGUGGCUUUAGCGUAUAAUAGUUUAAGGUGUGCUUUUCAUCCUGUACUUUUAGGAUUUACUAUCAGGAUUUAGCAUUUACUAUUAGGGUUUGCUUUACUAUCACCUUUAGGUGGCUUGCACCCAAACUUCGUUCCUAGAAGUUAGUACUUGAUAAGUGAGUUUCAUUUUCUGUUGUGUGUGUGUGCUUAUCUUUGGCAAUACAUUUUCAGUUCGGUCACAA